AUGAUGCACUCUGGAGUUGGCUUUCCGGCGGCUCUGUCGAUUAUCCUUCUGCUCGCUCAUGAUGUUUCUGCAGGACCAACGGUGAAUGUGUUGAACGGCUCCUAUGAGGGCUUGUCUCUUCCCAGCUAUCAGCAGGAUGUUUUCCUUGGCGUUCCAUAUGCACAACCUCCUACUGGCAACCUCCGCUUCAAGGCACCUCAAAGCAUCGACUCAACGUGGAAUGGCACUCGCCCUGCGACAGAGUAUGGAGACAUUUGCAUGCAAUACACCGCUCCUCCUAGCCACCCAAUGUCUGAAGACUGUCUGUCACUCAACGUCAUCCGCCCGAGCAGCCUCGACAGUACCGGACUCCUUCCUGUCGCUCUGUGGAUUCAUGGCGGCGGCCUAUACGCAGGUUCGUCCAGAGACAGCAACCUCACAAACUUUGUGGACCAGGCCUCUGCAGCACAGAAGCCUCUCAUAGCCGUUUCCAUCAAUUACAGACUUUCGGCGUUUGGGUUCCUCUGGGGGUCUGACGAGGUGAAAGCCAACGGCAGCGCCAACAACGGUCUGCGGGACCAGCGCCUGGCCCUCCACUGGAUCCAAGAAAACAUUGCCUUCUUCGGCGGCGACCCGCACCGUGUUACAAUUUUUGGUCAGAGCGCCGGAGGCUUGUCCGUCGGCAAACAACUCAUUGCCUACGGAGGCAGAGAUGACGGCCUGUUCCAAGGCGCGAUCAUGCAGAGCGGCGGCAUGGCCGAGAAGUGGCCCUAUAACGUGAAGGACCCAGCUGCCUACACCCGAAAUCUCUACCGGAACCUGACAGAAACGACUUCUUGCUCCGAAGCAGCCAGUCCGCUCGAAUGUCUUCGCAACUUGCCCGUGGGGGUCAUUUCCGCUGCCCUGAACGUGAGCGCCACGCCGGUGUUCUCGGGCACAGGUCUUGGUCCUUGGCUGACUCAGGUCGAUGGCGAUUUCCUCCAAGACGGGCCAAUUGCGUCUCUCGAAAAGGGCCAUUUCGUCCAUGUGCCAAUCAUGUACUCCGUCACCACCGACGAGGCAACCGUCUUUAUGUUUGGCGGAAAGUUGGACACGGAUGACGACUUUAGGGCUCUGGUCGCAGCAGGGGGUCCAGAUGGCUCAACUGUCUCUGCUAUUGAGCGACUGUAUCCCAACACCAACGGUACUGGGCUUCCGGCCGGGUACAGUCCGACUGCUGAAGACAAUCAGCUGUACGGAUCUCAGUGGAAACGCGGAGCCGAGUUCCAUACUGAUGUCGUUGAGACUACUUCCAGGCGUAUGACGCUGAAGGCCUGGGCCGCUGCUGGCGCGGAAGCCUAUUCAGCUCGCGUCAACCUGUUGCCUCCAAGCACCACUCCUCGCCUGGGAUCUCACCAUUCCAUGGAUAUCUCUUUCAUAUUCGACGCUCUUGACGAAGAAACCCUUGGCGAGUUACAGUUUGCGACGGCAUCAAAGCUCAUGGGUAGGACAUGGGCGUCUUUCGUAUCGGAUCUCAACCCGAAUAAUCAUGGAGUCCCCGAUACCCCUAUUUGGCCGGCGUGGACUGCCGAGAAGUCGAACAAGACCGGCUCCAAUUUCGUUUCCAACGCUAAUAGCGAUCCAUGGUCUAUGUCAUUCAUCGAAGUGGAUGAUUAUCGUCUGCGGCAGACAACGUAUUUGGCAAGUGUCAUGCAGAGUCAAAUGUAUUACUAG